AAUGGGCAUUUGCAAGAGUUAACCUGUAACAACUGAAGAUCUACCUACAAUGGAUUCAAGUGGACAUAAGCAAACAGAAAUAGUCAUCAAGGAGGAUAGUACACCUAAUUAUGAUGAGAAUAAAAUCGUCAUCAUAUAAGCACUCUAUAGAGGUCAUAAAGUUCGUAAAUCUCUUAUGACAACUUUACAAUCUCCAGAGACUUCAGCACCCACUUAGGUGGAGCAGUAGAAAUUCUGCUUUGAUCCUAACUAACUUUAUGAUAAUGAUUAAUCUUCAAUAUUGAUGAAGAAUGGAGCUAUCUAUUAAGGAGAAUGGAAGGAUGGCAAAGCAAAUGGAAAAGGUAAAUAUUAAUUCCAAGAUAGGUGGUAACUUUUAUCUUUAUUAUUAUUAGCUAUGUCGAAGGGACUGUAAUAUUUUAAUAAUAUUUUCAUAGUGGGCUUCCAAUGAACUUUAAGGGGAGGCUAUAUAUGUAAAUGGUACCGAAAUGUAUAAGGGACAAUGGCUUGACAAUAUGUUCCAUGGUGUUGGUGAAUAUAUCUAUUCAGAUGGUCGCAUUUAUUAAGGUAUUAGAUUUAAAAAUGUGUAGGUGAAUGGAAAAAAGGAUUAUAACAUGGAAUGGGCAAAGAGAUUUAUAAAGACAAAUCUAGCUAUGAAGGUAAAUUCAAGGAAGGAAUGAAAAAUGGACUUGGAAUAAUUCGAUUAGCUGAUGGUUGUGUUUAUGAGGGAGAAUUUGAAAAUGAUUAAUUUCAUGGAUACGGAACAUUUGUAAUUUUUAUUCUUAAAUUUAGAUUUGGCCAGAUAGAAAGAAGGUUUUUGAAGGCUAUUGGAAAAAUGGAACUAAACAUGGAAAUGGUACUAUGAAAUGGGGUGAUGGUAUUUAUCAAUUAUUAAAUAAUUUAUUUUUCAGGUCGUAUAUAUUCAGGUCAGUAUUUGGAAGGAUUUAAACAUGGAUAUGGAGAAAUGUAGUAUAGUGAUGGUCGUUGUUAUAAAGGAAAAUGGAAAUAUGGAUUGUAAGAUGGAAUGGGAAUAUUUGUAGAUAAGGAAGGAAAUGAAAAGAAAGGAUUUUGGCUUAAAGGUAAACUUAAGAAAUGGUUUUGA